CCAAAACUGCAUGCGAACGUCGACUUCACGUUGUCAAUGUAAGGGUCUGCAUGUCCAGCUACGAGUCCGGGCCACGGGUCAAGAGAGCUUGGGACCUUGGGUCCUUGGGUGACGAUGCCGGCCGGUCGGGUAAAUCAAGCGGUUUAUAUCACAACCAGGCCUUCAGCACCUGGGAUAUCAUUUAUCCCAUAUUACCUCGAUAUUGUCGCCACCAAACUUCUAUCACCAUGUCGCCGUAUCGCCACCUCACCCACGUCGUAUGCUGUUCCGCCCGCAGGAUCGGACGGAUCUAAUCCAAAAUAUCGAUAUCGAAAUGCUAUUAAUAUUACUUGGCUUCAAGCGGAGGUUAAUGAAGGCGGCAAGCGUUCCUGGCAUGCAUCGAACGAUGAGCAACCGACAAUGCCAUGCCUAUAUCAACAAGGCCAAGAUCCGUACAGUACUUCGAUCACGCUUAGAGUUGUUCUCUACAGACAUGGGCUUUGCCCAGAUUUGACGAACACCAACAACAACUAGCACCGGCAGUCCUCCCAUUCCUCUGCCACCAUGGUCGGAUCAAGCCUCAUUCUGCCACUGCUCGGCUUUGGUGUCGUCCAUGCCUUGCCAGCUUCUAAGAAGGUGGAGGAGCGUCAGACCUUCGUAGGAGGUGGCUGGAGCGAUUUUCCCGGUGACGGCAACGCCCCUCCAACGUGCUCCAUCAACAUCCCCAUCUGUCAGCAAGCCCCCUGCAUCUUCUUCCCCAAUCCGGGUGUCAUCAGACCCGGUAAAGAAAAACGACAAGUUUUGGGACCCGGCUACAGCGACUUUCAUCCCGGUGAUGGUGACGAGAUCCCUAUCUGCGAGAUCUCUCUUCCCAUCAGCGAACAACCCCCGUGUAUCUUCUUCCCAAUUCCGGGAGAGAUUACGCCAGGAAAGCGAUCAUUCAGCCUCCCGACGGAGUAUGCCACCAAUGCCAAGCAAGUGAUCCUUCAGCUUGAGAACCAGCUGGUGGCUCUUCAAAACAAGAACAACAAGACGUCUGAGGACAUCGCUGAUAUUCGCGCCAUCAAUACUGCCCUUAGGUACUUGGCGAAUAUCGAUCAGAUCUUCGCACCCCCUGGAUCCGAGACUGGCUUCACUCCCGGCAAGCGGUCAUUCUUCCUGCCUGGCGAUUACGCGACCGACACUAAGAAGGUUAUCCUACAACUCGAGAAGCAGUUGAUUUCCCUUCAGAACAAAAAGAACAAGACUGAUGAAGAUUUGGCCGAUAUCCAAGCCAUCAAGUCUGCACUCAAGUAUCUAGCCGGUAUUGACCAGAUCUCUGCACCCCCCGGAACUGAGACUGGUUUCGUCCCCGGAAAGCGUGAUGCGCCCUCUGUUGGCGCUUACGCUUCAGUCUGCCCGGGGCUGGAAGGUGCCGAGAUUGCUCUCGAGACUCUUUUGCACAAACCCAAGCCAACAGUGCAGGAGUACAUCAUCAUCCAGAAGUUGACCAGCUUCCUUGCCGGAUGUGGCAUCGCCAUCGUCAAAUCUCCCGAUGGCACAUGGACUAUCAUCAAGCCCUCCGACAAGAAGCGAGGUGUUGUUACCAAAGCCGUUGCCGCUCAUCAGCCUGCCGCAGACUUUGACCUUGCCGGAUUGGAAAAGUCAUAGAGGGAUGGAGUUCGAUAAGGGGUUAUUGCAGAAGAGGCGUGCAACGUUGGUGCCCGCGGGAAAAGAGGUUGCCGGUGAGUCGGACGCAGUGGGCAAUGGCGGAGCGCCAAUAAUAGGAGCGGCUCACAGCAGGUCAUGGAAAGGACGGUGUGCCUGUCGGUGUUUACCGCCGAUAACCUGGGUGUAGAUGGAGAAGAAGACCUUGGCCAUCCCUUUCUCGAUGUUUCAAGGCCGGAAUUUACUACUAUCUGUUCCAUCCUUUCUUUUCUCAAGUCGGAAAGUUCUACAUGUUCCUCGGUU